GAAAAGAAAGAAAGGGAAUGAAAGAAAGGAAAGAAAAGGAAAAGGAGGAGAGGAAGAUAAGGGAAAGAAAGUAAGAGAAGGAAAGAAAAAAUAGUGGAAAUCGAGACGAUUUUUGAUAGUGGAAAGAAAUAAUGAGGUAUUAAAGUUAAGGUCAUCUAUAUAUAGACCAGAAGGGCAAGGGCGGCAAACAAAGGAAACAUGGUGGUCCAAAAUGUUCUUCACAUGAAUGCAGGCAAUGGAGAAACUAGCUAUGCCAAUAACUCAACCCUUCAGAAAACAGCAAUAUUGAUGGCGAGGCCAGUUCUAGAAGACACCCUCAAGAAAGUGUGCAAUAAUGAUGCCUUCCCAAAACACCUAAAAAUAGCAGAUUUGGGUUGCUCUUCAGGACCAAACACAUUCUUAGUCAUCUCUCAAAUAAUUAGCAUCAUUCAUAAUUUGAUGCAACAAAACAAUUGCAAAGCACCAGAGAUUGAAAUAUGUUUAAAUGAUCUUCCCCAAAAUGACUUCAACAGCAUUUUCAAAUCGCUCCCAACAUUCUAUGAGAAGAUCAAAAUGGAGAAAGAAGAAAAGUUACCGGGGGCUUGCUUCGUAUCAGGGGUGCCUGGUUCUUUUUAUUGUAGGCUUUUCCCAAGAAAGAGCUUGCACUUUGUUCAUUCAUCUUAUAGUGUUCAUUGGCUAUCUCAGAUUCCUGAAAGACUGGAGAACAAGGGAAAUAUAUACAUAGCAAGAACAAGUCCACCGACAGUUUUUGAAGCAUAUUUAAAGCAAUUUCAAAUGGACUUCUCAACAUUUCUAAGUUUGCGCUCUGAGGAAAUCGUAGUUGGCGGGCCUAUGAUUUUAACGUUUCUCGGUAGGAGGAUUGCAGAUCCCACUGACAAAGAUUGUUGCAUCCUCUGGGAAUUGCUCACAAAGUCACUGCUCGACUUGGUGACUGAGGGACUUGUUCAGAAGGAAGCUAUUGAUUCAUUCAAUUUUCCUUUUUAUUAUCCAUACAAGGAUGAAGUAAAAGCAAUAAUUGAAAAGGAGGGGUCGUUCAAUCUUGAAAGGCUGGAAGCGGUUACUGAACCUUUGCUGGUUAGUCAUUUUGGAGAAUUCAUAGUUGACGAUGUUUUCAAAAAAUUCGCAAACUAUGUCGCUGAUCAUCUAUGCUCAGAGAAAUCCGAUAAGGUCAUCAAUAUCGUCGUUUCAUUGUCGAAGAAGUAAUAUAUUGACAAAGGAAUGACUUCAAAAUAAACUAUUCCGAUUUCCUUAGAUUUUAAGAAAAUAAAUUGUUUUAUUUUUUAUAUUAAACUUGCUUUUGCAGUAUGCAGAUGUAUGUUUUAAAAAAUAAGUUGUAUCAGUUCUUGAUA